GACUGCUACUGAGUUGAACAGAAUGGAACAAGCUGUAUUAUCUACAAUAAUCAUUCUGAGUGUUUUGGUCCCACCCAGACAAACCCAAGAGAUCCCCAAACCUGUUCUGACCCUGCACCAUAAUUAUUCUAAGAUAUACAAAGGGGAACCUAUAACACUCAGAUGUGACAUACGGAAUGGAAAAAAGUCAGACUGGGAGUACAAAUGGUUUCAAGAUGGAGAUCUUCACAACCCAGUUUUCUCCUCUAAUGAGACCGAGUACAUAGCCACCCCUUACAGUAAAAAGAUUUAUGCUGAUUUUCUUGUGUCACGUAAAAAGACAGGAAAUUUCAGCUGUAUGGCUGUACGGAAAAGUGACAGGAAGCAGUCUCAAGUGAGUGAUGCAAUUGAACUAACUAUUCAUGCAAUAUCUGCCCCUGAAGUGAAGGUGUCUCCUUCACCGUGGCUGAGGGUUGGAGACUCAGCCAUGCUGAGCUGUGAAAUUCAAGGCUCAUCAGAAGAUUGGACGUACUACUGGUACAGGACCAUUCCCUAUAAAGAUGGGUUGCCUUCACCUUGGACAAAGAGGUUCUCUAUGGAGAUGCUCCCAGAUGUCCAGCAUGGGACUCAUGGCCCCCUGUCUUUCAGCAAUGUCAGUCUCAAACACAUAGACGUGUAUGCCUGUAGAGCUGGGAGAGGAAAUCCAGAAUUUUUCACAGAGUACAGCACGGCACCGGAACUUCUGUGGGUGUCAGCUUCAUCGCCACGAGCCACUUUGAGAGUCAGUCCAAACAGAGUGCAGCACUUUGCUGAUGAGGCGUACUCAGUGAGCUGCGAGGCGCAUGGGAACUCCACUGGAUGGAAAGUGAAGAGAUUCAUAUAUGACAAAGGCCAGUCAGAGUGUGGCACUGAGUGGGGAACGAUGACCGGAUCCUCUUGCUACAUCAACAACACCAACACGUCUGAAGAACCAGUAUACUGGUGUCAGUCCGACUCAGGAGAGUACAGCGAUGCUGCCAACAUCACAGAGCAUUAUUUCAGAUCUGUGGUUCUGGAGAGCCCUAUCCUACCGGUGCCUGAGGGUCAGUCUGUGAAGUUGGGCUGCAGACAUAAGACGCUGCCCUCAAACCACAGAGCUGAGUUCUACAGAUAUGACAAACUCAUUGGCAGUGCGAAAACAGGCGAGAUGAUCAUCUGGAGUGUGUCCAAAUCAGAUGAAGGCAGAUACUGGUGUACAAUCCCUGACCUAGGAGAAUCAUCAUCUAGCUGGUUAUCAGUGAGAGCUUCCUCUGUGUCUCUUCACCUAUCCCGAGCUCUCAUCACGUGGCUGCUGUUUGCACUACAAAUGAUGUAUCACUUCAGCCUGUCAUGAAAUACUUCAAAGUGCUGACGGCCUGGAGAAGAUGAGAGAAAAGACAGGGCAAUGAUCCACCAAGGAACCAGAAUCCAGCAGUAUCUGAGGUUUCACACUUGUCAUGCAGCAGAAUUUCAUAUGCUUGAACUUGAUUAAUAGUUUUUAUCUUUUAGCAUCUGGAGUAUAUUUCAAGCUAGGCCUGUGCAACUGCAUUUUUAGGGUAGUGAUUGUAAUAAUAUGCAAAAACAUUUAUAUUGCCAUAAAAUAGUAAAGCAAAGCUUUUAUCAGUCUGGGUGUAAAAUACUGCACUGCAAAAACGCAAAAUCUUACCAAGAUUAU